AUGUCCGACGAGAGUGUCGAUGAGUUUAUCUUCCGGGCCAAGAUGUUCAUGCAGGGCAAGAAUCUAAACUACGACGACCAACGGAAUGACGCGCAGUGCCCGAUCGGCAACAUGGCGGACUUCCACGAGGCACUGGCGCGUGAAUCUGUUCUACCAGAUUUCCAGUACCGCCUUCGUGCGGCCUUGUGA